UCGACGCGACCUGGUCACUCCACCAUCAACACUCAAUCUCAUCUUCUCUCAACACCACUCCCAUUGUGGCUCAUCUUCAACCAAACACCUGGAUCAACACACAUUAUCACAAUGUAUCCCUUUCUCCCUUGGAGUCAGAACCAAUCGAGUGUGCGCUCCUCUUUGAGUGAGGCCACCACCAGCACCCAGAAUGUCUCUUUCAGCUUCAGCUUUGGCAGCUCCUGCUCCGCCACGUCGAUGCCGCCUCCUCCACCUCCUUCCCCCACCGACUCGCUCCUCGACAUCACUCCGCGCAAGUGCUCCUUCUCCAGUGGCUAUGAGAUGAACAACUCGUGCGCAUUCCCAUCCUGGCCCAACCGACCGUCUCUGUUGAGCGCCGAUUCGGAGGGUUCCACCGCUAGCGCCUACCUCUCUGACGAAGAUCUCCUCCCCAUGGGGUCGGGAGCCCCCUCGGAGAGCGCCAUUGACGAAGAAUCCGCGGCCCAGGACCCCACCAUGGGCGACGGUGACUUGACGACCGAGCAGCAGAUCCAGAUGAUUCGCGCCGCAGCGGAAGAAGAGGCGCAGCGCGCGCGUUUCCUGGCUCAGGUGCAGGCUCAUGCCAGAGCGCAGCAGGCCAUGCGGGUUGCACAGCUGGCCGCGGCAGAGCGCGAGAACGCAAAGCGCAAGAAGCGCAAGGCCGUCCCCGACAGGAAACGUCGGACCGCCUCAGCUUCUAAGGCCACGGCCUGCCGCGCUUAAGGGCCCGCAGCGCCGUGUCAUUUCCUAUUGUAACACCAGCACGUCAAACGCAUCGUUUCGCGCAUGUCAUGAUACCCCACGGCUUUCGUCACCCCACGCCGCCCAUUUGGUCUGUUUUGCCGGAGAUUAGGG